CUUUUACGCACGACAGAUUCGGCCAAUUUCUCUCCCUGACCAGCUUUGUUGGAAGUUAUUGGCGUGUUAUUUUGAACAAGAAACGCUUCUAGAUGACAUGCGCGUGGUUGAAGGACUUUUAGUUUACGUCAGGUGAGGCGCAGAAAUCAGGACUGGCACCGUCUGACUCGUCGUCAGUGUCAGCUAGAGAAGACACAAUGAGCAAACCAAAGAACAAAAGUGACAAUAAGACGGAAAAGGCUUUGGCAGCUGAGAAGGAGCAGUUUGGAAAACAGCAGCUCCACAGCAUCAGCAAAACCAUCACUUCAGGUGAAACACCACCCAAGGAGAAAUAUGUGCGCAAUAUCAUCAUGGGAAGUUAUAAGGAGGGCGGAGCCACCACCUUCUGGUCCUACACCCUGAACCUGCCGCUGUCUAGCAACUCCAUGGUCAGCUGGAAGUUCUGCUACGUGCUGCACAAACUGCUCAGGGAUGGACACAAAAAUGCUGUCGCAGAUUCUUACAGACACUGUCGCAACGUGAAAGACAUGGGUAUCCUCUGGGGGAACCUGCAUGAUCGAUAUGGCCACAUUGUCGCCUUGUCGGCCAAGUUCCUCUGCCACAAAUUGGAAUUUCAUGCCAAGCACAAGGUGAUCCCAGGCAACCUGGAAGCCAGUGAUGAGACCUUGGACAGGGAAGCAGGAACUGACAUGACCAAAGUGCUAGACAUGACACAAGAGCUGUUGGACUACUUGGAUGCUGGACUGAAGAUGGCUGAGACCGUUCUGCGUCAGCUCGAUGCCAACGGGGCCAAAUCUACGACUCCAGCUGGAAAGUGCAGACUAACGCCUCUGAUUCCUCUCAUCCUGGACUGCAGUUUCCUCUACCACUUCUCCGUCCUGCUCAUGUUCAAACUUCACAGCCGUAUCCCCCCAGACGUUCUACUCGGUCAUCGAGAGCGUUUCCGUGAUCUGUUUAUGAGCCUCUCACAGUUCUUCAACAGAGCCAGGGAGAUGGAGUUCUUCAAAAGUGUCAUCCAGAUCCCAGAUCUCCCCGACGCUCCACCAAACUUCCUUCGUGCGGCUGCUUUUGCGGAGUACAGGAAGCCAGUGGUGGUGAUACCCAAUGAGGAGGAGAUGGAGGAGGUGGAGCCACAACCGGAGCUUAGGGAAGCACCACAGAUGGCGCAGCAGUACUAUUUGCUCAGCCAAACGGCAGCACCUGACGCCUCGCUGGAGCAGAGAGACACAGAGAAUGAGAGCAUGAGGAAGGAGCUGGAGGUGCUCAAACCAGAGCUGCAAAUCAUCAAGAAUGAGGCUCAGAGGUGCGUGACCGAGUUAAAGGGUCAGGUGAAUCGUCUGGAGGCCGAAGUGGAGGAGCAGCGCACCCAUAAGCAGAUGGCCAUGGUGGAAAACGAGCACCUGCGCAUGGAAGUGGAGGCUCUGCGGAGCGCGAAUAUCGUCAAUGUUGGGGCACAGAUUGGAUUCAAGGAAGCCGACACCAGAGCUCACGCCGCCGAGGUUCGUUUCACGCAACUCAAAGAGAGACACGCAGAGCUGGUUACCAGUCAUGCUGACUUAAUGAAGAAGAAUGCAGAAACGGUGAAGGUGCUGACUAGCACGAAACAAAACCAUGGUGAUUUACUGAGAGCCAACAAGCAGAUGGAAAGCGAGCUGGAAAACCUGCGGAAGGAGAAGCAUAACACAAUGAAUCAUCAGCAGCAGGAGAACGAGCGUCUCAACAAAGAACUGCUGGAACAACGAGCUGAGCUGGCCCUCCUUCGCAGUACACUGGAAAAUAAGGAGAAGGAAGGCUCUCAGGUGAGCAGCAGCCUGGCAGCUCUGCAGGCAGAACGCGACGUGCUCCUGCGUUCGGCCACAGAGAGAAACGCGGAGUUGUCGUCGCUGAGGCUGCAGGCGCAGCAGCAGCAGGGCUCCAUGGACCUGGAGAGGGACCGAUGCAACAGAGAGCUGGAGGCGCUGAGAGCUCAGCUGCAGCAGCAGCUGGCCAUCAACGCAGAGCAGAAACUGGAGAUCGAUAGGCUGAGGCGAGAGCUGGACUCAACACGAGCAGACCUGAUGCGUGCCAACAACUUACUGCAGAGCAAAGAAAUGAGUGGUUCUCAGAUGAGCAGCUCACUCGCAGGGCUGCAUGCGGAGAAGGACGCGUUGCUGCGGUCGGUGAGGGAGCAGGAGGCGGAGCUGAACUCCCUCAGACAACAAGCUCAGCUCCACCACAGCACGCUGGAGCAGGAGAGGCAGAGGAGCAACAUGGAGUUGGGAAGUUUGCACGCCCAGUUACAGCAACAGGCCUGUCGAGAAGGAGAACUGGCCCAGAAGCUGCAGGAUGAGCAGUUCUGUCUGCUCCAGUGUGCCGUGGUGGAGGCCGAGGGUAUCAUACUGGACGCUGUGGCCAAAGUGGACGACCCUAUUCAUGUUCGCUGCAUCAGUUCGCCAGACUAUUUGGUGAACCGGGCUGAAAUCACUCUGGGCUCGAUAGACAAAAUGCAGCAGAGUCACCUGGUUUACCUGGGAAACAGGAACGACGCCAGUGGUUUGUUAAGAGCUGUCACGCAGUUUUCUCACCUGGCCGCCGACACCAUCGUCAACGGAGCGGCGACAUCACACUCUGCUCCCACUGACCAGGCCGACCGUUUAACUGACAGCUGUCGGGAUUGCGCCAACAACUGCCUUCAGUUCUUAAAGGAUCUGAAGAUUCAGGCCAGUUUACAGAGAGCAGACCCUUCCGCCGUACGCUACACUGUCCAACGCAUCCUCGCUUUGGGGCAGGAUUUGCGCCCCAAAGGUCAGGAUGUGCUAAAAGAAGAGCUGGGGAACAUGGUGGACAGAGAGAUGAUCGCUACAUCCACCGCCAUAGAGGAGGCUGUGCUGCGAAUGGACGAGAUUUUAAAUCAGGCACGUCAAGACACGUCAGGUGUUAAGCUGGAGGUCAACCAGGGAAUCCUGGGAUCCUGCUCUGACCUGAUGAAGGCUGUUCAUAUGCUGGUGACAGCUGCGACUGACUUACAAAAAGACAUUGUGGAAGGAGGCAGGGGAGCAGCAUCCGUCACUGACUUUUAUGCCAAAAACUCUCGCUGGACAGAGGGACUCAUCUCUGCCUCAAAGGCUGUGGGCUGGGGCGCCACACAGCUGCUAGAGUCUGCCGACCGGGUCGUGGGUGAAAAUGGAACGUACGAGGAGCUCAUCGCUUGUUCACACGAGAUCGCUGCAAGUACUGCACAGCUGGUUGCUGCGUCCAAGGUGAAGGCCGAUCGCAACAAUAAGAAGCUUAACACGCUGCAGCACGCCUCGCGACAUGUGAACGACAUGGCCGCCGUGGUGGUCACCUCCACCAAACACGGACAGCAGCAGAUCUCCAACCAUGGUAUGAUGGAUUUCUCUGGCCUGUCUCUGAUCAAGCUGAAAAAAGAAGAAAUGGAAGCUCAGGUGAAGGUGCUGCAACUGGAGAGCCAGCUGGAGCAGGAGCGAGUCCGCCUGGGCGAGCUCAGGAAGAGGCACUAUGAGCUCGGCCCUCCUGGGGACGACGCCGACGCGCCGGAGUCGACUGAUAACUUCCCUCCGCCGCCGCCACCCACUCUGCUGGACUCCACGCCAGUGCCUGCAUCCUUUUCACAGACACAGCCCUACCUCAACACUCAGGGCUUUGGGCCAAGCAAUCCGUUCUCCGUGCCUCAAACACAACCGUUCUCUAUGCCUCAGACAACAACAAACACUUACGCACAGCCCCAAAACUACACACCGUCUCAGUCCUUCACACCGUCUCAGUCCUUCACACCGUCUCAGUCCUACACACCGUCUCAGUCCUACACACCGUCUCAGAGCUACACACCCUCCUCUUUCACACCAAACACAUCCCAAAGUUUCUCUAAACCUCAGCCGUAUUCGCCGUCACUGCCCUCAUCACACACAGCACCUGCUGCUCCUCCUUCCGCUCAGCCCGCUCAGCCUCAGGCGACCCAGCAGAGCAGCACUGACACAGUCAAACCCGCCUCUAAGAAGCCAAACAUCUUCACCAAAUCUGGAAAUUUGCUCAAGCAGGCGUUCAAGCGAGGUGAAACUGGGACGGGGGAAUCCUGAGGAGUGAGUGACAAGAUGAUUUUACUCCCACAUAAUGUUUAUAUAACAUAAAGUCUUUCUGGCUUUGGCUCUGUGUUUUACACUAGUUACAGUAAAUGUACAUAUAAUGUGCAAAAAACAACAACUUUAUGUUGUAUUUUCCAGCUGAUUUGUAUAACUAUGUUCUCUUAUUAGUAAAAGAUUAAUUUCGGCAACAAUUUUUGCCAACACGUUCUCUUGUGCACUAAGCCUGAUGCUGUAAAGAGAAGAAAAAUAUUAAAGAUCUGAACGUUUUCUAAUGUCA